AUGUCCGAGUUUUUCAUCUCUUCGUCAGCCGCAGAAAUCUACGAGCAGGGACUGAAGGCUCUGGUCCCAGUCUACAAGCAGGGACUGAAGGCUCUGCUCCCAGUCUACAAGCAGGGACUGAAGGCUCUGCUCCCAGUCUACAAGCAGGGACUGAAGACUCUGCUCCCAGUCUACGAGCAGGGACUGAAGGCUCUGCUCCCAGUCUACGAGCAGGGACUGAAGGCUCUGGUCCCAGUCUACGAGCAGGGACUGAAGGCUCUGCUCCCAGUCUACGAGCAGGGACUGAAGGCUCUGGUCCCAGUCUACGAGCAGGGACUGAAGGCUCUGCUCCCAGUCUACGAGCAGGGACUGAAGGCUCUGGUCCCAGUCUACGAGCAGGGACUGAAGGCUCUGCUCCCAGUCUACAAGCAGGGACUGAAGGCUCUGCUCCCAGUCUACGAGCAGGGACUGAAGGCUCUGGUCCCAGUCUACGAGCAGGAACUGAAGGCUCUGGUCCCAGUCUACGAGCAGGGACUGAAGGCUCUGGUCCCAGUCUACAAGCAGGGACUGAAGGCUCUGCUCCCAGUCUACAAGCAGGGACUGAAGGCUCUGCUCCCAGUCUACAAGCAGGGACUGAAGACUCUGCUCCCAGUCUACGAGCAGGGACUGAAGGCUCUGGUCCCAGUCUACGAGCAGGGACUGAAGGCUCUGGUCCCAGUCUACGAGCAGGGACUGAAGGCUCUGGUCCCAGUCUACGAGCAGGGACUGAAGGCUCUGCUCCCAGUCUACGAGCAGGGACUGAAGGCUCUGGUCCCAUCUAGCGAGCAGGGACUGAAGGCUCUGCUCCCAGUCUACGAGCAGGGACUGAAGGCUCUGGUCCCAGUCUACGAGCAGGAACUGAAGGCUCUGGUCCCAGUCUACGAGCAGGGACUGAAGGCUCUGGUCCCAGUCUACAAGCAGGGACUGAAGGCUCUGCUCCCAGUCUACAAGCAGGGACUGAAGGCUCUGCUCCCAGUCUACAAGCAGGGACUGAAGACUCUGCUCCCAGUCUACGAGCAGGGACUGAAGGCUCUGCUCCCAGUCUACAAGCAGGGACUGAAGGCUCUGGUCCCAGUCUACGAGCAGGGACUGAAGGCUCUGGUCCCAGUCUACGAGCAGGGACUGAAGGCUCUGGUCCCAGUCUACGAGCAGGGACUGAAGGCUCUGGUCCCAGUCUACGAGCAGGGACUGAAGGCUCUGGUCCCAGUCUACGAGCAGGGACUGAAGGCUCUGCUCCCAGUCUACGAGCAGGGACUGAAGGCUCUGGUCCCAGUCUACGAGCAGGGACUGAAGGCUCUGGUCCCAGUCUACGAGCAGGGACUGAAGGCUCUGCUCCCAGUCUACAAGCAGGGACUGAAGGCUCUGCUCCCAGUCUACGAGCAGGGACUGAAGGCUCUGGUCCCAGUCUACGAGCAGGAACUGAAGGCUCUGGUCCCAGUCUACGAGCAGGGACUGAAGGCUCUGCUCCCAGUCUACGAGCAGGGACUGAAGGCUCUGGUCCCAGUCUACGAGCAGGGACUGAAGGCUCUGCUCCCAGUCUACGAGCAGGGACUGAAGGCUCUGCUCCCAGUCUACGAGCAGGGACUGAAGGCUCUGGUCCCAGUCUACGAGCAGGGACUGAAGGCUCUGCUCCCAGUCUACGAGCAGGGACUGAAGGCUCUGCUCCCAGUCUACGAGCAGGGACUGAAGGCUCUGGUCCCAGUCUACGAGCAGGGACUGAAGGCUCUGGUCCCAGUCUACGAGCAGGGACUGAAGGCUCUGCUCCCAGUCUACGAGCAGGGACUUUAUCUAAGGAUUGUAAAGAGUUUUUUUUAG